CAUUCCAUCUUUUUGUCCAUGUACCUCAUCACUGUCCUGGGGAACCUCAUCAUCAUCAUCCUCAUUCUACUGGACUCCCAUCUGCACACUCCCAUGUACUUGUUUCUCAGCAACUUGUCCUUCUCUGACCUCUGCUUCUCCUCUGUCACAAUGCCCAAAUUGCUGCAGAACAUGCAGAGUCAAGUUCCAUCCAUCCCUUAUGCAGGCUGCCUGGCACAAAUGUACUUUUUCUUGCUUUUUGGAGACCUUGAGAGCUUCCUGCUAGUGGCCAUGGCCUAUGACCGCUAUGUGGCCAUCUGCUUCCCCCUUCAUUACACCAGCAUCAUGAGUCCUAAGGUAUGUGUGAGUCUGGUGGCGCUGUCCUGGGUGCUGACCACAUUCCAUGCCAUGCUGCACACCCUCCUCAUGGCCAGAUUGUCUUUCUGUGAGGACAAUGUGAUUCCCCACUUUUUCUGUGACAUGUCUGCUCUGCUGAAGCUGUCCUGCUCUGAUACCCAUGUAAAUGAGUUAGUGAUAUUUGUAACUGGAGGCAUCAUUCUUGUCAUUCCAUUUGUGCUCAUCAUUGUGUCCUAUGCACGAAUUGUAGCCUCUAUUCUCAAGGUUCCUUCUUCCCGAGGUAUCCGUAAAGCCUUCUCUACCUGUGGUUCCCACCUGUCUGUGGUCUCACUCUUCUAUGGGACAAUUAUUGGACUAUACUUAUGUCCAUCAGCCAAUAAUUCUACUGUGAAGGAGACAGUCAUGGGCAUGAUGUAUACAGUGGUGACCCCUAUGCUGAACCCCUUCAUCUACAGCCUGAGGAACAGAGACAUGAAGGGAGCUCUUGUUAGAGUAUUUUGUAAGAAGAAAAUGAUGGUAUGA